AUAAUCCACCAGACCGGAAGUGUGCGACUACAACACAUCAGCGUCCGCUCUCUUCCGAGUCCUGUGCAUUUCUCCCCGUUAUUUCAUUAAACCCUCAUUGUUAAAGGAGAUUCUUUAUUUGAAAAUUGCGGAAACCACAAUGUCCCGUUUAAAAUAGCAUCUCAAGGCCUACCAACUGACAUAAAUGAAGAAUCGCUGCCUAAAUUCAUGAGGAAGAAAACAGCCAGCUGCUGUGACGAUGAGGAGGCUGAACAAAAAGAAAGCUUUGAACUUUGUGAAGGAGUUGGAUGCUUUUCCCAAGGUUCCUGAGAGUUAUGUGGAGACAACAGCCAGUGGAGGAACUGUGUCUGUGUUGGCCUUCACAGCCAUGGCACUCUUGGCCUUCUUUGAGUUCUUUGUAUAUCGAGACACAUGGAUGAAUUACGAGUAUAAAGUGGAUAAGGAUUUUACUAGCAAACUACGAAUUAAUAUUGAUAUCACAGUUGCCAUGAGGUGCCAAUUUGUUGGAGCAGAUGUGUUGGAUCUAGCUGAGACAAUGGUGGCAUCUGACGGCCUGCAGUAUGAACCAGUUAUUUUUGACCUUUCUCCUCAGCAGAGGCUCUGGCACAGAACACUUUUGCUCAUUCAGAACCGUCUGCGUGAGGAACAUUCACUCCAGGAUGUUUUGUUUAAGAAUGUCAUGAAAGGUGCCCCCACUGCACUCCCACCCAGGGAAGAUGAUCCCACUCAGCCUCUAAACGCCUGCCGGAUACACGGACAUCUUUAUGUUAAUAAAGUAGCAGGAAAUUUCCACAUCACUGUUGGCAAGGCCAUCCCACACCCUCGAGGUCAUGCUCAUCUAGCAGCCCUGGUCAGCCAUGAGACAUACAACUUCUCCCAUCGGAUAGACCAUCUGUCUUUUGGAGAGGAAAUCCCUGGCAUAUUAAAUCCAUUGGAUGGCACAGAAAAAGUGUCUGCAGAUCACAAUCAAAUGUUCCAGUACUUUAUCACCGUUGUGCCCACAAAACUGCAGACGUACAAGGUGUCAGCGGACACACACCAAUAUUCAGUCACUGAGCGGGAGCGAGUGAUAAACCACGCAGCGGGGAGUCAUGGGGUUUCUGGGAUCUUUAUGAAGUAUGACAUCAGCUCUCUGAUGGUGAAGGUGACUGAGCAGCACAUGCCCUUGUGGCAGUUCCUCGUGCGGCUCUGUGGCAUCAUAGGAGGCAUUUUCUCUACAACAGGCAUGUUACACAGUCUGGUUGGCUUCUGCGUAGACGUGGUGUGCUGUCGUUUUAAACUGGGCGUUUAUAAGCCGAAGAGUAUGAGUGUUUUUGACGGCCACAUGAACAGCUUGACGCCUCUUCUUUCCGAGAACGCUGAACACUAACUGGGCUCUUCUCCUUACAACAUUUAAAGCUCAUUUCAGUCACAUUUCAAUCCGAAUCACAACUGUAAGUUUCAGGAUUCUGUUAAUACAUGAUAUUGAUGUUGGUUGUCAUUUGUGGUACUGUAAAGCACUGACACAACUGUUAAACAAGCUUAAAUUCAUAAAUAAGUAGACUGGAACAUUCCCAGAAAAUCUUGUUUGGUGCAAAAAUGAUUUAAGUGAAUUUAAAGGGACAGUUCACCCAAAAAUACAAAUUCUGUCAUUGAUUAGUCACCAUCGUGACCUAAGACCUAUUACGAUAUUCCUGAUGAAAUCCAAGAGCUUUCUGACCCUGCAUAAACAGCAACACAACUGACACGUUCAAGACCCAGAAAGGUAGUAAGGACAUCAUUAAAAUAUUCCAUGUGCGCUUCGAAGACACGGAAGAGAAGAAAUUGAAUAAAGUCAUUAUUUUUGUUUUCUUUGCGAACCCAGUACCUUUUGACAGCUUUAGUUCUGAAGAUGAACAAAGGUCUUAUGAGUUAGAAACAACAUGAGGGUGAGAAAUUAAUGACAGAAUUUUCAUUUUUGGGUGAGUUAUUCUUUUAAAUGAAAGGACAGCUUUUAAAAAUUUGCAGUUGUUCUAGAAAAAGAUUCUCACAUUAAAGCCUGUCAGUUAUUAUUAUUACACUCAUAAAGACAUCUUUUAUUUUUCUAAACACAGGUAUUUUAAUGAUAACUUUGGAGGGAAUACUCCCUUUUUAAAAAGCGCAGCUCUAAAUCUGAAUAUCAGACAAUUUAACUUAAAAGAUAAAGCAGCACCAGGAGGCUUUUAGACACGACCCAUCACGACAGUAUUAGGAUCUGGUUGGGAUGUUUUGCGAUUGUCCCCAUCCAGAUCUGAGAUCUCCACCUCAGGAAGGACUGUUCUAUUGAUUGUUUAGCAAUUUUGAUAAUAUUAAUAAAUGACACUUGAGGGUUUAUUAAAAUGCAGUCUCGAUUGUAUUGGUUGAAUGGCUAAAUGGAAGUAGUGUGGAAUAAUUCAUUUAAAGCAUAUUGAAUAUUCUUUGAUGGAAGUCAUUUCCCAUUAUUUUUGCAUGAUUACAAAUCACAUUGCUGAUGCAUAUUUUCUUGUGCCAAAGCCAUUAAGAUAAAUUAAGGUCCCUCUAAUAGUUCCUUUUUAAAAGUCACAUCCUGUUGAUGUAUUUUGGUUAAUUUAUGAAUUUUAUGAACAUGAUGCUUUCCAGGUUCGGGAUGUUUUAUUCGCCUGUUAUUGUGUUUGUCUCUUGAGAGUUCAAAUAAAGAGUUUCUUAUGCACCUGCA